UCCCUUCAUACAACCCCACAGUCCUGCUACAUUCUACAGCUGUGUAACGGUCUUCUCUCCUCGUGUUCUCUCUUGACCAGCAGACAGUCAGCCAUCAUGUUUUACAGCAAAAGCAUCAGCAGUGGUCCCCAAACGUUCGUCAGGCAGAGCCGCAGCUACACAUCAAGUUCUGCUCCCGGCAAGGCUCACAGUGUGUCAGGAUACGGCUUCAGAGGAAACCCACGCAUCGCCUCCACCAGCGUGCGCACCGUCUCCUCCGGGUAUGGAGGUGGCAUGGGGGCGGCAUGGGGGCGGCAUGGGGGCGGCAUGGGGUUCGACCUGUCCAGCGCCCUGGACCACAGCACCGGGCACCUGAACGAGAAGGCCACCAUGCAGAACCUGAAUGACCGUCUGGCCAGCUACCUGGACAAGGUCCGCUCUCUGGAGGCGGCCAACUCCAAGCUGGAGGUGCAGAUCAGAGAGUACUACGAGCAGAAGGGGCCUGCAGCAGAGAGGGACUACAGCAACUACUGGGCCAUUAUCAAUGACCUGAAGGACAAGAUUGCCGCCGCCACCAUCGGUAAUGCCAACAUCCUGCUCCAGAUUGACAACUCCAAACUGGCUGCUGAUGACUUCCGAACCAAAUUCGAGCAUGAGCUGAUGAUGCGCCAGUCAGUUGAGGCUGACAUCGCAAACCUGCGCCGUCUGCUUGACCAGACCACCCUGACGAAGGCUGACCUGGAGAUGCAGAUCGAAGGCCUGCAGGAUGAGCUGGCCUACCUCAAGAAGAAUCACGCAGAGGAGCUGGCAGCAAUGCGCUCUCAGCUUACUGGCACAAUCAACGUGGAGGUGGAUGCCGCGCCCCAGGCAGACCUCAACAAAGUCUUAGACGAGAUCCGCUCCCAGUACGAAUCCAUCACUGACAAACAUCGUCGCGACCAGGAGUCCUGGUUUACUGAGAAGUCGACAAAUCUGUCCAAGGAGGUGGCCAGCAGCACAGAGACAAUCCAGACGUCCAAGACAGAGAUCAAUGACCUGCGGCGCACACUGCAGGGCCUGGAGAUUGAGCUACAGUCUCAGCUCAGCAUGAAAGGGGCUCUGGAAAACACACUGGCAGAGACGGACGGUCGUUACAGCGCCAUGCUUUCCGGCUACCAGGACACAAUCAACAUGCUUGAAUCAGAACUAGGUAACGUGCGUGGAAGCAUCGAGCAGCAGGGCCAGGAAUACAGGAUGCUGCUGGACAUCAAGACCAGGCUGGAGCAGGAGAUCGCAACGUACAGGAGCCUGCUGGAGACAGAGGAGUCCAGACCUAAAGGUAAGUGACGUAUGUUAUAACAAGACAUUACAUAAAAACAGUGAAGUCAUUGUAAUACAAGCUUGAAGCACUGCCAUCAUGAUUUUUUCCUUCUUUUUCACAGGGGGCUCAAAGACCACACUCACAACCACCACUGUGCGCAGUUCCAGCUAGGAGGUCCAACUGGCAGGACAAGCUGUACUCAGACUCACACACACACACUAAUAAAAGCUGCUACACGAGAUGAGUGAAACUGUACUGAAAACAUGUUGAAUGAAGCCCGUGUUAAAGUUUACAACAUUUUCAAAUUUAGAACACUGUGUGUGUGUUUGUCUGUGUGACCUGUCUGAAAAAUAAAUCUGCUGGUGGAUACAAA